UUUGCAAGACGGCAGCCCAUGUCCCAGGUGCCGACCCUUGCCUCUCCUUUGAUCCCAAAGCCUUUCUUUUGAUCUGACCCAAAGCCCCCUUGAUCCCCGUUUGCGUGCCCCACUUGCCACCUGGUUUUCUGCAAAGGCUCCUCCUCCUCCUCCUCCUCCAGGCCCAGAACCUGCCUAUAAAUGCAGCGCAAGGCAAAUAGUAACCAGAACACCUACAGCCGCAUCCCUGAGAGACACAGACAGAUCUGCAGACCCAGGAUGUCUCCAACCGCCUUCUUCUUCUUCAGCCUCGGCCUCGUGGGCUGCCUGCUCAGCGGAGGCGCCCAAGCGGACGACUGUCCCAAGAACUGGCUCUCCUACGGCAGCCACUGCUACGGCUACUUCCCCCAGGAGCUGAGCUGGCCCAGGGCCCAGGCGCAGUGCCAGCGCAGCGGGGGACACCUGGCCUCCAUCCUGGACGAGGACGAGCACGAGGCCGUGGCCACGUACCUGCGGCAGGCCCAGCGGUGGGACGACGAGGACGUCUGGAUCGGGCUCUCCAUCCCCAGCAGGAGCCGGGCCUGGACCUGGGCGGACGGGAGCCAGCUGGACUACACGGCUUGGGAGAAGAACAAGAGCUACUUCGCCCUGAGAGGGGAGCACUGCGCACUCCUCGAGGAGUCCUCCGGGUUCCUGCUGUGGGACAAUGAGUCGUGCUCUGACCGCAACCCCUUCCUCUGCAAAGUCUAGGGCCGUUCCCACAAAGGUCGUGUCCUGGUGACCUGACAUGACCCCUAACCUCUUGCAUGCCCCCCCCCCCCUUCAUUAAACACAUUAUCCUCCCUUUCCACACCUGUCCCGGUCUUGUGGGAUCCAAAAUAAAGUUGCUUCUGAACACAU